CCAUCCACCUCACCCUCCCCGCCCCUCCCUCCCGGCAGCCCCAGCCCCGAGGAGCACCCAGCUAGCCGCCUCCUGCAGGGGCUCGGGAGAGCAAUUCGGCGGCCCCGGCAGGGCAGCUGAAGCCAUGGAAGCCUCCGCAGGUUGCUGAUCAGGGCCUGGCGGCUGCAGCAACGACUGCAGAGGCGCUGCGCCAAGCCGGGCCGGAGUGGUGCGAGCCGGCGGGGCUGCGGAGGGCGAGUGGACUCAGACGGGAAGCCCAGAACCACGCGCCAACUGGGAAGGUGAUGGUCGGCGAGACCAGCCCAUCCUAAUUCAGGGUUCCUGGUCCUGCUCCAGGAAUCCUACAGCCUGCAGCCCCUACCAGAGAGGGAGGACUGAACAGCAAGGGGGGAUGUGGGUCUGAGUAUCAGGGUCCUGGGGAAGAAGCAGGCCUGGCUCACAGAGUAGAAGACUCGGUACCAGCAGUCAGGAGGCCCUGCUCCUGAAGCCCCUGUGACCUUGGGCACGGCCUUCACUCUGUCUGGGGCACAUUCACUCAUCUGGAGGACACAGGGUUGGACUGAUGUUUUUUAGCCACUCCUGAGGCUCUCACAGUUGUGAUUUUAAGUUGGGUGGUGGGAACCUGUGCACCAGCCCCAUUAAAUUCAUUGGUGAAGGCAGCUGCGGCCUGCCAGGCCCUCGCUCCUGGGGUGUCCUGCCGAAGCGUGAGAAGAGAAGCCAUGCCGGGCAGCGGCCCCAGCGAGAGGAUGACGUGGCCUGGCCCGGCCCUUUCUGUGGGCCCCCCAACCCGCCCUCUCUCCUCAGCCCCUGGGACACCGCCCAUCCCACCCCUUACUCGGACCCGCAGCCUCAUGGCCAUGUCCCUGCCGGGAAGUAGACGGACCUCUGCUGGAUCCCGCAGCGGGGGCACUUUGGGCCGCAGCGGCCUGGCAGUGUUCGCCCAGUGUCCGCAGCUGCCCACCAGCCAGAACGAGCACCUGCCUCUUCUUCCUGCCUCCAGGCGCACCUCUCCACCUGUGAGUGUGCGGGAUGCCUACGGCACCUCUUCCCUCAGCAGCAGCAGCAAUUCAGGCUCCUACAAGGGCAGUGACAGCAGUCCCACACCAAGGCGUUCCAUGAAAUACACACUGUGCAGUGACAACCAUGGCAUCAAGCCCCCGACCCCGGAGCAGUACCUGACCCCACUACAACAGAAGGAGGUGUGCAUCCGGCAUCUGAAAGCCCGGCUGAAGGACACACAGGACCGGCUCCAGGACCGGGACACAGAGAUCGAUGACCUGAAGACGCAGCUGUCACGCAUGCAGGAGGACUGGAUUGAGGAGGAGUGCCACCGCGUGGAGGCCCAGCUGGCCCUGAAGGAGGCCCGCAAGGAGAUCAAGCAGCUCAAGCAAGUCAUCGACACUGUCAAGAACAACCUGAUUGACAAGGACAAGGGGUUGCAGAAGUACUUCGUGGACAUCAACAUCCAGAACAAGAAGCUGGAGACGCUGCUGCACAGCAUGGAGGUGGCCCAGAACGGCAUGACCAAGGAGGAUGGCACAGGGGAAUCGGCCGGUGGGUCCCCCGCGCGCUCCCUCACCCGCAGCUCCACCUACACCAAGCUGAGUGACCCGGCCGUCUGUGGUGACCGCCAGCCCGGCGAUCCCUCUAGCGGCUCUGCUGAGGACGGGGCUGACAGCGGCUUUGCGGCAGCUGAUGACACACUGAGCCGGACGGAUGCGCUGGAAGCCAGCAGCCUGCUGUCAUCGGGGGUGGACUGUGGCACCGAGGAGACCUCGCUGCACAGCUCCUUUGGCCUGGGCCCCCGCUUCCCCGCCAGCAACACCUAUGAGAAGCUGCUGUGUGGCAUGGAGGCUGGUGUGCAGGCCAGCUGCAUGCAGGAGCGUGCCAUCCAGACAGACUUUGUGCAGUACCAGCCUGACCUCGACACCAUCCUGGAGAAGGUGACCCAAGCCCGGGUCUGUGGGACAGUCCCUGAGUCAGGGGACAGGUACCCAGAGCUAGACGCCCACUCUCUGGGACCCAGAGACCCCAAUUCAGCAGUGGUGGUGACAGUGGGUGAUGAGCCAGAGGCCCUAGAGCCCAUCACCCGUGGACCCACCCCACAGCAGCCUGGUGCCAACCCCAACCCUGGCCAGUCGGUGAGCGUGGUGUGCCCCGUGGAGGAGGAGGAGGAGGCUGCCGCAGCUGAGAAGGAGCCCAAGAGCUACUGGAGCCGCCAUUACAUUGUGGAUCUGCUGGCUGUGGUGGUACCAGCCGUGCCCACAGUGGCCUGGCUUUGCCGCUCCCAGCGACGCCAGGGCCAGCCCAUCUACAACAUCAGCUCCCUGCUGCGGGGCUGCUGCACUGUGGCCUUGCACUCCAUCCGCAGGAUCAGCUGCCGCUCCCUGAGCCAGCCAGGCCCCAGCCCAGCGGGCGGCGGCUCCCAGCUCUGAGGAGGCCUAUUCGGGCAGCGGCGCCUGCGGCCUGACCACUGAUUGUAGGGAUGCCGUUCCCCCUCCUUCUCCCUUGGGCAUCAUCUUAUUUAUUUAGUUUUGGGUGUGGAACUGUUUCUUUUUUUCAGGAUGUUAAAACAGUAUCGUGGCAGGAGUAGGGGUUGGAGACAGGCAUCCCAAAGCUUCGAUGGAAAGCAGGGAAGGGAGACCAAAGGCAGGAGGCACACCGGCUGGACACAUCGCAGGGAGGGGAGGAGGCGAGGGCCCCCCGGCCCCUCUGUCCCCCUGGCCCUUUGGACAGGGCCAACCCUGCUCAGGAAGUUUCUGGCUGUCUUUAUCCAGAGAAGCCGGGCUUAAGUUGCUCAUCAGGCCCCCGCCCUGCACCGUCCUGUCCAGUGCCCUGUUCACUCCAUGCCUGCUCUUCCAAGCCACCUUGCCCUCAGCCCCAGCUCAGGGGCCAGCGCCCUCUCCUCAAAUGGAGGCAGCCAUGGCCUAAACUACAGAUCGCUAACCCAGGUCUCAGAGCAGGGGCCGAAACCACUGGGCCGGGCCAGCGUUCCAGCCUCCCCAGACUGCUCCCCACCUUGGGACUCAGGAGCUCAGUCAAGGCCACAGGCUGGAGGAGAGGUGGGUUGGGCGCAAGGUGGCAGAUGGCAGUGUGGGUUGUGUGUGUGUCCGUUCAUCCUAGGCCUUCCCGUCAUCUCUUUCCUCUUGGCACCUCUGGGUGUGUCAAUCAUUAUUCCUGUGAGGCAGCUAAGCCCGGCAAGCUCAGUGCUGGGGUAGGAGUGCCUGCCUGAGCCCCAGCUCCCAGCUGGAGAAUCCACCAGCACAAGAAGAGGAGGCAAGCCCCUGCCAAGAGGGCUCCCCCAGCCUUUCAAGGUGAGGCCAUCUCAUCUGCAGGCUGGGUGGCGGGGCUGGACUCAGGAGUCCACAGUUUACUGAAUAAGCCAGAGGCCGUGACUGCCUCCUGGAACUUGCCCCAAGUUUCUCUGGGGCCUUCGGGCCCAACUUCUGCUUUGCACUAUGUUCACUUUGGGGCUGGUUCUCAGCCAUGCAAGGGCCUCCGGGGAGGUGGCUGCUUGCUUUCUGAGAUGAGGGUUCCUAAACCUUAAACCUAUCUGCCUCUGGAGAAGGGUGGGGGAUUCUGGCAGGAUGAAUUGCAGGACGGCAUACUGAAGCCACGAUGUUUGUCCAGGCCAAAGCAGGAUGUCCUGGGAUGGGUUUCCCAGGCAUGCGUGUGGAAGAGCGGGCAGGCAUCCUGCAGCCUCCCUGCUCCCAGCCCAAGGCCAGUUGGCCUGGGAAGGUUCACUGCCCCCAGCCCCUUUCCGGGACCACACUGAGUCCCCCAGCCAAGCUGCUGACAUUCUUAUUACCAUUAUUAUUUUACCAAGUAAAGUCACUCCUCUUCCCCCACAGGGUUGGCACCCAUCUGGUCGUCCCACCCACUCUUCAGAGGCGAGGCUCCACAUCUGGGGGGUUGGAGGGACUCUGUGUCUUCCUCGCCCCUCUGGCCUCAGGGCCACUCUGGUUCUCUGCCAAGGUUGCUUGCCCUCACCCCGAUGCUCCAACAGCCAUUGCCUGACUGCUGGGCUCUGCCCUUCUGCUUGGUGCCCUCCACGUGAGGUCAGGCACCUGCAUGCACUGGGAAUGGGCAGCUGGCCCAGCCCUUGGGGCAGGAGCCCCCUCUGCCACACGCUUUGUGCCUCCAAAGCUCCCCCCGCCUCGGUCAGGGCCUCAGACCAGCCAUCCUUUGUGGAAUAUGCCCCAACCCAGCCAAAUCAAACCUAAAUGCCUGGGGCCUGGCUGGGGCUGCCCCUGCAGGACACUGUGGCCAUGCCACGGAGGGGGCAGUGGACAAAACCAAUCCAAAGCCAAGCCGGGACUGGCCACGGACCCAGCCUCCUGUGCCGUGCACUCAUGGAGCUGUGUAGUCUCCUUAGACAUAGUCCAAGCUUUGCCGAGAAAAGAAAUGUAUGAACUAUAUUUGACAACAUAAAGUCUCUAUAUUUUUCACCACUGGAAUUUAAUCAAGCUUCAAGCCCCUCUGCUCCUGUCUGUGUCUUGCGUCUGUGGCCUUCCUAUUGUGUCUUGUGUUUUGGCGGAUGUGACAGGGCUGGGGCCACAGUCUACUCUGUCCCUGCUGCUAGAGAAGCUACCUGUGGAGGAGUGGGCUGUGGCUGGGCCCGAGGUGGAGGUGCGUGUAGCCAGAGGAGCCACCUGCGGAGGAGGUGAGUGUAGCCGGCUGCAGCCCCCUACUCCUGCUCUGGCCUGAGACCGCCGUGGGGGGCACGCAGGCCCUGGCCCACAGUGUUGAGGGUCCUCUCUUUCGGGGGUUCUCCUGGGGCCUUUGAUGGGCUUUUCUUCUUGUCAGUGAAGGAAGCAGCUCCCCACUCAGCCCUGGGACAGGCCCUGGGACCGUGACGGCAGGUGGCCCUGGCCUAGCUCUGGAGUGUGUCUACGUGUGCUCAGUAUCUGCUUCAAUGCAAAGGUGCAGGUGGCCCGUGCAGCUCCAGGUGGUGGAGGUGCAGCAGCUACGGCUCGGGCACCGCGCCCUGCAGAGGCUGGGUACAGAUGGGGCUAGGAGGGCAAAGCUGGUGCGGGGCCUCCUCCUGAGAGAGCUUACCCUCCACAGCAGCCCUUUUCCUUCCUGCCUAAUACCUCCUCCCAUUGGGUUGCAACUUUUUUCCUCCUGCCCUCAGCUUCUGAAGCAGAAAUCUUUGGGGCCUCCCCUUUCCCCAGCAUCUAGCCAGAGCUGAUGAGGUCCUGAGGAACAGCAUCCCCAGAAACCACCUUCUGAAACCUAGUGGGCAGAGGUGGCUUCUGCUGAGUUCUAGGGCUCAGGCCAGAGUGGCCCCACUGCCUGGCCAGUUCAGGCUCAGGCAGGCAUUGGAAGCUGGGGCCCGGGCUCUGCACAGAGAGCUGGGCUUGAGUGGAGCGUAUUGUAGAUUUCUCCCAAGGGGAUCACUUAGGUUCUCACUGACACACCCUUCCCAAUUGCCACUAGCACAGGGGUAUCUUACAGCACUUUGGGGAGGGGUGGGACAAACUCCAAGGUUCUGGGGCCAAGGCCUACCCAAGGGCCUCUGCCCAGAGAACUCACAACCCCCUCUCUGACCUAGGGGACAACGCAAAUGGGUCACAGUGCACUCCCAUGUUAGGCCAUCCCCUUGACAAAGAAUUCAGGGGAUUCGGGAAGUGGGGAGGUGGGGAGGGAUCUUGACUCUUGUCUCCUUUGUCCUUUUGUUCAGACAGAGUUGUACCUGCGGCAGACAACUCUGAAUUAAAGCAUGAACACAAAGCAA